AUGGCUUUGGUCCCUACCCCAACCGCGAACGACGGCCCAUUGUUCGCCGAGGUUGACAUGGGCACCGACGCCUCUGCUCCGACCAUCCGCGCCACCGUGGUCCAGGCGGCCACCGUCUUCUACGACACCCCCUCCACUCUUGAUAAAGCUGAAAGGCUACUAGCUGAAGCUGCAUCUUUUGGUUCUCAGUUAGUUGUUUUUCCUGAAGCUUUCAUUGGUGGCUAUCCGCGUGGCUCCACAUUUGGUGUUUCUAUCGGAAACCGAACAACUAAGGGUAAAGAGGAGUUCCGUAAAUAUCAUGCUUCUGCCAUUGACGUUCCUGGGCCCGAAGUUGAUCGGUUGGCUGCUAUGGCUGGAAAGUAUAAGGUUUAUUUAGUGAUGGGUGUUAUAGAAAGAGAUGGAUACACCUUAUACUGUACCGUUUUAUUUUUCGAUUCUCAAGGUCAUUAUCUUGGAAAGCAUAGGAAAGUCAUGCCAACAGCACUCGAGCGUAUAAUUUGGGGAUUUGGCGAUGGGUCGACAAUUCCCGUUUUCGAGACUUCUAUAGGGAAAAUCGGUGCAGCAAUUUGUUGGGAAAACAGAAUGCCACUUUUAAGGACAGCAAUGUAUGCUAAAGGUGUUGAAAUAUACUGUGCCCCAACAGCUGAUUCGAGAGACGUGUGGCAAGCAUCAAUGACCCACAUUGCCCUUGAAGGUGGCUGUUUCGUAUUAUCUGCCAAUCAGUUUUGCCGGAGGAAAGAUUAUCCUCCGCCACCCGAGUAUGUAUUUUCCGGCACGGAAGAAGAACUCUUGCCGGAAUCUGUUGUUUGCUCGGGCGGCAGUGUGAUAAUAUCCCCCUCGGGAGCUGUGCUGGCAGGCCCGAACUACGAGGGGGAGGCUCUUAUAUCAGCGGAUUUAGAUUUGGGGGAAAUUGUACGAGCCAAAUUCGACUUUGACGUUGUGGGCCAUUAUUCUCGACCCGAAGUACUCAGUCUUCUUGUAAAAGACCAUCCUAUGAGCCCGGUUUCUUUCUCUUCAGCACUAACUGGAAAAGCAGAAAGCUCACAAAAGUGA